AUAUAAAGACCCAGUUUGGCAUAUAACUGAUUAUAUCUAUUAGUUGCUGUUAUAAGUCGGAUCAAGAGACAUGAUGGAAAUCGCGAUGCUUUUAUUCUUACUACUAGGGAUCGCCGAAGGGCAAAGAUUAAUGCCUGCCGGGUCAUUAACAGGGCAGAAUAAUCCAUCCUGGGGUGUAGUCGACCCCCUCCAAAUCCAACCAAUCGAGGGACAGGGAGCAACUACAACGUGUAGCUGUGAAAUCAAGGUAGAUCGUCAAGUCCUUUAUCAAUACGCGCAAUACACAAUCGCAACUUCAAGAUGCCAUACAAUUCAAGUGAGAUGUCGGGAGCAAUGCCGACGUACAUUCAAAGAAAGCUUUCUCUAUAAGGACUUAAGAGACACCGACCUUGAGAGUAGCAAAACUAUUGGCUACAACUUUUGUUCAAGAUAUGGACAAGUGACUCCGAGGGGUGGUGUCACAGUGUCAGCCUUUGCGAAGGUUGAAUCGUGCCGACACGAGAAAAAGGUUGGCAAAUUAAGCACAAAACUUUGCUGUGGCCACACGGCGGUUACGCUCGAACAACGAACACUGUUGGCGUUCGGAUGGGACGUGAAUUGUGAUGCAACGGCGUUCCAUCUUCAAUGACCUUGACCUUUGUCAAAUAUACGAGUGGGAUCUAAGUCAGUCGCUAGUCAUUUGCGAUAUUUUGUAACGUUCGAUUAGGGCGAAGGAAUAGCCGGUUUUUAAGAUAGAUGCAUUGACUGACAAUGUACAAUUGUGAACAAAAUAUGAACCAUUUGAAUACUAUAAUAGUAGUGGUCAAACAGCUGUAACAUUGCUUGAAAGUGGAAUCUUCAAUAUUAUUAUUAAAAUAAUAUAUAUACACGGGGGUAAAGCAGACACAAUGAUACCAAGAUCUUGCUCGGCUGUGUCACGGCUAUGCCACCGGGGCUUAAUGUGUUUAGCGAGCUCGGCGGAUUUUUCAGCUCAAUGUGGAUCCUCAAAUGCUCACGGUAUCAUCGGGUCCACCUUAUCCCCGUG